GGCAUCACUCGCGGUCCGACUGUGGAACGGCGCGGACGACGCCUACGCGCUUCCCGGUCAUCGGACUUAACUUCUAAACACUCGUCUUCCUUCCUUCUUGGACCACCAUGAGGUCCGGAGGAACCCCGCUAGCGGUCCUCCUGCUUGUCCUCGUGGCAACAGUCUUGAAGGUAUCUGCGAACGAUAUUUACUGGGAAGGCGAAGAGGACGCGUCAAAUGAAUUCCUGGAGGUGAAACACGAAGAUUCUUCAUUCUUGGGUGGCUUGACUAGAACUAAACGGCAAUGGUUUGACACACCCUGGUGGCUGUCGCCUAAAAAAGAAGAAGAAGCCGAAACAGUUACGGAAGCCGAUCCCAAUGAUAAUGGAAGUUACGGGAAGGACGAUGACCUUGACGUCGGAUCCGGAGCACCGGAUAAGACUGAGUUAGAACCCAAAGAAAAGACACUCCGUGUCACAUUCUUGGUCAUGGAGCCGUACAUCACGGAGUACUCCAACAGGGACUCGCCUGAGUUCCUGAACAUCUCUCGUUCUUUGGCCAAUGCAGUUGAUCUGCUCUUCGAGAGUCUACCUGGAACACAGCGCUCAAGCCUAGUUAGAAUACAGUCCCUGGUCAACGACGAUUUCUUGUGCAAAGUCACUUUGGACAUCGUUACAACUAGGAAUGAAGAUACAGACACAAUCAAAGAAAUUCUUAGGAACCAUAUCAAGAACAAUGGACGCUUGGGUGAAACAUCUGUCAGAGAUGGAGACUUCAGCGCACAGUUGAUCGAUCCAGGUACAACGUUUGAAUGUGAUGAAAACGAAUUCACUUGCGACGAUAAUAUCUGUUUGCCACUCUCAGUUAAAUGCGACAAGCGUGCUGAUUGCAAAGAUGGCACAGAUGAACUCGGCUGUCCUGACACUAUCGAAUCAACGACUGCGAAGGAAACCGUACCAGAUGACAUAUAUGAUGAUAGGGAUGACACAUUUGAUAAUCAAAAUAAUGAUGAUCAGUACUCGGCUCCACCAGACUAUCAGACCGGGGACGGUGUCACUUUUGCGUAUGAUUCUGGUGUUGGUGUAUCGGCAGCACUGCCUACCAGUACAACUACAAUAACCCCUGUUAAUUAUGAUCAAGAAUAUAAUAGAGGAGAUUUAGGAAAUGCUGACUCAUCUAUCGGGAAUACCGAAGCACCGACUACUAGGCCGCCAGAGUCUUCACCUCUAGUACCUGCAACUGCUCCCAUACCUGCAUUCGCUUGCCCAGCAACCUACAUUCGGUGUGACGUCAUGCGCUGCGUUGAACCAAACCGUAUUUGCGAUGGCGCCAGCGAUUGCAAUGAUGGCACUGACGAAGCCAACUGUCCAGACCGAACAUGUGGUGACGAUGACUUCCACUGCCGUAGCGGAGCUUGUAUCGAGUCCAGCCGCCGAUGUGACAACAUUUAUGAUUGCCCGGAUCACGACGAUGAACUUGGAUGUGAUUGUCGGCCCGAUGAAUUCCGUUGCUCCACUGACGGUAACUGCAUUGAAGAGCGCAAGAAAUGCGAUGGAGUACAACACUGCGCUGAUGGGUCUGAUGAGUUAGAUUGCCGUUCCUCAUGUCCUCCGGAUAGCUUUACUUGCAACCCGGGCUCUAGAGUGCUAUGCGCCGGUAAAUGUAACGGCAACCCAGAGUGUGAUGGAGGAGAAGAUGAGGAAGGCUGUGAAGCGUGUGAACACGAAUGCGACGGGAGGUGUUUACCGACCACUGACAUUUGCAACGGCAUUCGAGACUGUUCCGAUGGGUCUGAUGAAGACAACUGUUAUCACUGUGAUCGUCCCGAUGACUUCAGAUGUGACAACGAUGAGUGCAUUCAAUAUUCAUUGCGCUGUAAUGGAAUCGCUGAGUGCCUUGAUGGCAGUGAUGAGAAGAACUGCAACAAGACCAUGAUCACCAGCCCUGAACAGCAAUGCACUUCCGAACAAUUUAAAUGCUUAUCUGACAAUACUUGUAUCGAUAUGAACUUCUUGUGCGAUUACCACGUAGACUGCGAAGAUGGUUCCGAUGAAGCUAACUGCCCCUGUCCUGAAGAUAGCUACCAGUGCUACAAUGGACAAUGCAUGUCAACUUCACUUUUCUGCGAUGGUCACGUCGAUUGCCAGGAUGGGUCUGAUGAGCUCAACUGCCCCGAGUCUACCACUGUUCGGUUGCCAGUGACUCCACCGGUUUACUACCCAUCGACAACAAGAUACCCUAGCAGAGUCCAACCAGUCAACAGCCAAGGUGUAUGCAGCGCUCACCAAUGGCGUUGUGAGAACGGACCGUGCAUAGACGCGUAUCGUCGUUGCGAUGGGCAUAUUGACUGUCCAUUUGACUACAGUGACGAAUUUGACUGUCCCCGCAACAGUCCCCCAGCUCUGAAGUUGAUGACCUAUCCAGCAAACCAAUCAGUCAGACACGGUGGUGAUGUCGUAUUCCAAUGCCGUGACGAGGGACCCCUGCGUGCCAACGUCAGGUGGACGAAACAAGGUGGCAUCAAGGCCGGCUCGACUGACGUUCGUGGACGCUUGGAAAUGUACAAAGUUACUGAACGCGACAGUGGUGUCUACACUUGCCAAGCUGAUGACUACUUAAGAUUCCCAGGCUCUCAAGUCCGCGUCGAGUUGCAAGUCGACAGCGCACCUGUUACCUACGCACCAUUCUCUUCCUGUAAGCCCUACGAAGCGACUUGCGGUAACGGCCAGUGCAUCCCUAAAUCUGCCGUUUGCGACAACAACUACGAUUGUGCCGAUCGAUCCGAUGAAGAGAACUGCCAUCACGACGGCAUGUGCGAGCCCAACCAGUUCAAAUGUAACAAUCACAAAUGUGUGCUAAAGACAUGGAUUUGUGACUCUGAAAACGACUGCGGUGACGGUUCCGAUGAACAGAACUGUGGUAGGACGAGCGACGGUAGAUGCUCGCCUGCUGAAUUCGCCUGCAGUGCAGGAGACCAGUGCAUUCCCAGGAGUUUCCACUGUGACGGACAGACUGAUUGUCAAGAUGGUUCAGAUGAAUAUGGUUGCAUGCCCGUGCACGUCACAAGCCCCCCGAAACCAUCGAAUGUGAAGCUGAACCCUGGCGACACGUUGAUACUGAGAUGUGAGGCUGUCGGAGUACCCGUUCCAUUAAUUUCAUGGCGUUUGAACUGGGGACACGUCCCACCGAAAUGUACCUACACUAGCGAUUCCGGAAUUGGUGUCAUAACAUGCCCCAACAUGCAGCCUGAAGAUAGCGGUGCUUACUCCUGCGAGGCAAUCAACAACAAAGGCACCACCUUUGCCGCGCCAGAUUCUAUUGUCUUCGUCAACAAGACCGACCCUUGCCCUCGUGGAUAUUUCAACAAUGAGGCCCGUUCAGAAAGCGAAUGCAUCCGAUGCUUCUGUUUCGGAAAGUCCAGCCAGUGUCGCAGUGCCGAUCUAUUCACAUACAAUAUGCCUACACCUCUCGGAGAAGGAGGCACUAGACUUAUUGGAAUCAGGAACUCCCCAUCAGGAGAUGUCAUCAUUGAUACUCAACCGAUCUCAAACCAGUACUAUUACCAACCUUUGAGGAAUGGCGCCGCGGUAACGAAAAUUGACACAUCUGGAUGGUCUAAUGCACAUCCCUACCUGACUCUGCCCGAAUCCUACAAUGGCAACCAGCUGAAGUCCUAUGGUGGGCACAUCAAGUACACUGUGUCACCACACACUCAAGUGUAUGGCUUCGAUGAUAGCAUACCGACAAUUAUUAUCAAGGGUAAAUACGGAAACCUCUUCCACAUUAGCCGUGCUGGUGGCUCACGUGACUUAAAUAUUGAAGCCCGUCUGACCCCUGAAGACUGGAUGAAGAACAGCUCUAGUGGUUACACACCAGCUUCCAGAGAAGACAUUAUGAUGACACUUGAUGAGAUCGAAAUGAUCCUCUUACGCUCUGACCUGAACAAUGCUGGAGUAAACAUUACCGACUUCGCUAUGGAAUCUGCUGAGCAUAUCAACGUUGGACUCGGUGCCGCUAGUCUUGUGGAAGAGUGUACUUGCCCCAAGGAGUACGUCGGACUUUCUUGCCAGAAAUGCGCUUCAGGCUAUAUUCGCAAGAAGGUUGGACCUUGGCUCGGAGACUGUAUGCCCGAAGAAUGCCCUCUUGGAACCUACGGUGAUCCAGCCAGCGGCAUACCUUGCAAACCAUGCCCAUGUCCCUUGACUAACCGCGAAAACCAGUUUUCCAGGACUUGCUCACUAGGAUCCGAUGGAAGUGUCUACUGUGAUUGCUUCCCUGGUUACGAAGGCAAGCACUGUGAAGUAUGUGCCCCUGGAUAUGAAGGCAACCCAAUGAUUCCUGGAGACUCUUGCAAACCUGCCGUCAGGGACAACUGCAACCCUACUGGUACCAAGGUCAUCCGGCCACCCGAUGAGUGCGUCUGCAAGGAGAACGUGCAGGGACGCUACUGUGAUCAGUGCAAGAACGACUCUUUCUACUUGUCCUCUGACUUUAGACAUGGCUGCGCGCUUUGCUUCUGUUCCGGUGUCUCGCAACAGUGUAUGAGCAGCAACCUACGCCGCAAGACUAUAAGUGUACAAUUUAACGUACCUCAGAUCGUAGACCAGGUCAAGAUCUACAACAUCUCCCCAACUGGACCACCCGGCUCAGUCAGAUACACAGCACCAGUGGAAACUGAACUUAAACCCCAGUUGUACAGGGGUGAUAUUUCCUUCGACCAACUCGACCGCUCACAAUCCACAAUUUAUUACUGGAGUUUGCCUGCCAGCUUCGCUGGUGACAAGGUGACAUCAUACGGAGGUUCACUACGCUACAUGCUAAAGAACGUUCUAAACUCACCCGAUGCAAGAUACAGAAACACCGCAGCUGACGUCCAACUAAUCAGCAAAAACCGUCUCACAUUCCAUUACUUUGGCGAUUUCGUUGCUUCCCACGAAGGUAUUUUGAACGCCAGCGUACAGUUCCUUGAAAAGGGAUGGCAGAGACCUGAUGGCAAGGAGGUGUCUCGAGAGCACUUCCUGCUCGCACUGGCUGACGUUAAGACAAUCUUGAUUAAGGCUACUUACUCUCCUGGCACGGAAUUAGCUUCACCAGUCAGCGCCAGCAUUGAGACCGCAGAACCUGACGGCUAUGGCCCCACAGCAUUCCACGUGGAACAGUGUAUUUGCCCUCCUGGUUACAUUGGAACUUCUUGCGAAGACUGCGCACCUGGAUACAAGAGGAGCUCAAGUGGUCUGUACUUGGAACUCUGCGAGCCUUGUGAAUGCAACGGUAAAUCGAACAUGUGCAACCCAGAAACCGGAGUUUGCUACGAUUGUGCUGAUAAUGCUGCUGGUGAUGAGUGCGAGCUUUGCAAGCCUGGCUAUGAACGUGACCCCUAUGGAAACUGUGUUGAACAGCCCUCUAGCACUGUUCAGCCAUGCCGAUGCGACCCUCGUGGAACAACAGCACCCUGUGACAGCAACGGCAACUGUUUCUGCAAACAGAAUGUUGAAGGAGAUUCCUGCGACCGUUGCCGACCUGGUUCCUUCGGACUCGACAGCAACAACCCUAACGGAUGUUUGUCCUGCUAUUGUUCUGGCGUUUCUUCUGAUUGCCACGAAGGCAACCACUUCACAAGAGUGCCAAUCGCAGCGCCGGUGCUUGGCGACAACUACGGUGGUUUUACGAUCACUGAUUUGAACGCCGAAAGAGUCACCCAAGAUAACUUCCAACCUAUGUUCCAUCAAAGCGAGCUGGUCUACACAUUCCCCUUCAGACCUGAUAUUGAGCUGUACUGGUCAUUGCCCAUCUUCCCUGGCAACAGAAUUCUCUCCUACGGUGGUUCUAUAUCGCUGAGACAGAAGUUCAAUUCUGACGUAUACUCAAUGUCUGAACGUGGAACCGACGUCGUUCUUGACGGUGGUGACAUCUCCAUCUACUGGACCAACCCUAACCAGUUCCCAGUUGGAGUUUCUUACAGCUACCAAAUUCCUCUGAAAGAAGAUGGAUGGUACAUCUUAAACACCGUUACUCCAGCAACCAGAAGCAACUUCAUGAGUGUGCUUAGGAACUUGAAGAGGGUGCUCGUGCGAGCUACAGUUGUCCCCAUUAUCGAUGACACAACAAUCGCUGAUGUUUCUAUGGAUACAGCUACAGAAAACUACGACCCUAUCCUUCCAGCUGCUAAGGGCAUUGAGAUCUGUAUGUGCCCGCCCGGCCACUCUGGAACCAGUUGUGAGACCUGCAAAACAGGCUACUACAAGGACCAACGCGGUAACUGCCAGCAGUGCCCAUGUAACGGCAAUGACUGCCAACUCAACAGCCAAGGACAGGUGGUCUGCAACUGCCAACCACCAUACACUGGCUACGAUUGCUCAACUAUCGGAUUGGUAAUGGAACUACAUCCGACAAUCCACGAAGCUGGUGAUGACCCUUACUCAAGAAAGGUGACGUUUACAUGCAAAUACCGAGCACCAGAACCGCUCACUAUAAAGUUCUACCACGAGGGGGCGGAACAAGAUCCUCCAAAGUAUUAUUACGAAGCGAGACGCCACAAGGACGGGUGGCACUCAACCCAUGUCUGGCACACUGUCUGGGACGCCAGACGACAAGGGGACACUUACGAGUGCCACACUAUCACCGAAAAGGGAUUCACCCUCGGUGUACUGACCACCACUUUGCCGGAGCCAGGUGGCGAUUCAUCAGUAACAGCAAUUCCACCACCACAACCAGAACCAACCGUCGAGGUGAUGAUCACUAGCCCGACUAUCAAGAUCCAGGAAGUCGGAAGCAGCGUGAACUUUACUUGCCGAGCCCAAAGCCGUAACUCAAGAAUGCGUUUGCCUGUCAGAUGGAUUAAGAGUGGAGGAGAACUGCCUCUUGGUCGAUACCAAAUCGAUGAGAAUGUCGGCCUUCUUCUGAUCACAAAUCUACAAGUCUCCGACAGCGGUAAAUACAUUUGCGAGACUGAUGAUGGAGUCACCACUGCCCAAGCUAUUGCUACCCUCAAAGUGCCCGGAAAUGAGAUGACAAUGCCAAGCGUGGAAAUAUUCCCGCCAGUGAACGACUAUUAUGAAGGAGACUUCGUCCAGCUGGAAUGUCGCGUAAGAGGCAACCCCACUCCAACUAUCACCUGGCAGAGAGGUUCUAACAAACUUCUCCCAUUGUCUUCCUCAUCUUACGAUACCCGCUUUGAAAUUGAAAACGCCCGAGUGGAAGAUUCUGGAGAAUACAGAUGUAUCGCAAGCAACACUGUUGGAUCUGCUGACCGCAUAGCAGUUAUCACAAUUAGACAGCGACCAUCGUGGCAGCCGAGUGACAAGCUUACAGUCUCAAUCCCAUCUCCCACAGUCGAUGAGGGCCAAAGCAUAAUGAUCGCUUGUACUGGAACUACUAACAUCCCUGCUGGAUCGAUCGACUGGGUCAGGAAAGACAACGCCGUAUUCCUUUCUAACGUGAGAUCAGAAAAUGGUGUCUUGUACAUUGACUACGCGCAGCCUGAUAAUCAAGGAGUGUAUAUUUGCCAGUCCUCAUUGUCUAACGUACCGCCAGUGCAAGUACUGGUUACCGUUGUACCUGCAGAACCAGUUCAAGAAACCUAUAACAUCUCGGCUUCUGUAGACCGUCUGAAGAUUCCAACUGGUGGCAGUGGAACCGUUGAUUGUAACGUCUCUGGACGUCCCACUCCACUCAUCAAAUGGACUAAACACGAUGGCUCCCUCGGUUCUGAUGCCAGCCAACGCGGUAACACGUUGAUCAUCAAUAACGCUAAGGAGAGCGAUCAAGGAUACUAUCUCUGCGAGGCCAGUGUUGGGCCCAACGCGGUUGCCAAUUUAUAUGUCUUCGUUGAAAUUGAAAGACGCGAACCACCCAGAGUUGAGAUUUGGCCACCAGAAGAUAAGGUCCAGGCAGUACAAUUAGGAGGAGAACACACCUUGAUCUGUCGAGUACUUGGAGGCAUUCCUGAGCCAGAUGUGACAUGGAACAGGAAUGGAGGACGUCCUCUAUCUAGAUUCACGGAAAUCCGCCCUCACCAUGAACUGAAGUUUACCAAGAUUGAAGUUAACGACGAAGGAGAAUACACGUGCACAGCGCGUAACGACGCAGGAACAGCCAGUGCUAGUGCCAUCAUCAAAGUGAGGGCCCUCCCUGAAAUCACUAUCUCGCCCAACCCGUACGUGCAAGUCUCCGCUGGCGAGAGCAUCAACAUCGAGUGCAGAGCCAAUGGAUACCCUGAGCCUUUAGUCUCCAUCCAAUUCGGCGAUUACUCUGAUGUAGUCCCAGCUUCUUAUGGCCACACCUCGUUGCAAAUAGCAUCCGCAAGUGAGGCAAACAGUGGUUUCUACACGUGCACAGCCACUAACGCCGCUGGCACCACGAAGGAACAGUUCAGAGUAGUGGUUGAUAGAGGAGACGGCGGCGACGACGGUGGUUUCGACUAUGGAAGCGGUGACGGCGAGAUCGACCCCGAUGCACCUGGAUAUCCCGAAAGACCUGACGAGGUUCCUAGCAACCUUAUCACCAUCGAAGGACAACCAGAAACUAUCUUAUCUUGCCGUCAACCUGGCGUCAACGUGAGGUGGGACCGUGCGGACAGGAUGCCUCUGCAACCUAACGCCACUCCGGACCGCUCAAGACUGAUUAUCUACAAUGUCUCGAAGAGUGACUCUGGACAAUACGUGUGCAACAUUUACAACCAGUUCGGCGAAGUACAACAGUCUAUCUACACAAGUCUGGUUGUAGUCACUGCACCGAAGAUUACUCUUCGCCCUCCCAUUCAGACCGUACAUCCUGGACAAUCACCAAUAGUUGAAUGCAUCGUUGAAGGUGAUGACAUUAUUGACAUCACAUGGAUACCCCACAACAGGCAGCCAUCGAACCGUGUAGAUACCCGGUCAUCCAGACUAAUCUUCAACCAGAUUGAAGUUGAAGAUGCCGGCCGCUACGAAUGUUUCGCCAGAAGCAGAUACGCCAAUGCAAGUGCAAUCGCCGAGGUCGUCGUCAGCGAUACGGAUCAUACGGCGUCGGUGUCGCACGACAAUGAGCAGAGGGCACACGUCGGCGCCGCCGUGCACCUCAGCUGCAACGUGUCGCAACAGCACGUCCGCAUCGUGUGGUCCAAGGACGGACGCGCCCUCCCCCGAUCCGUGAACCAGAAGCUAGACGGCUCGCUCUACAUCAGGCGCGCGCAAAAGUCCGACUCAGGAAAAUAUGUUUGCAGCAUCCAAGACCUCAAUAGAAGAGUCAUAACUAGCAAUUACAUCAACCUGCACAUCCAGGGUCCUCGAGAACCGACCCCUGAACCACAACGGUUGGUAUCGAUCGAUCAACCACGAAGGCAGUUCAGAGUUGGGGACAAUGUAGACGUGCUGUGCAAGGCUCGGUCUGGGAACAUCAGACUGCAGUGGCUGCGCGUCGGAACCAACCAAUACGUUGCCUCCUUGACUUAUGGUGAUGGAGUGAGGCUUUCUCUGACCGGAGUGACCAAUAGUGACGCUGGAGUGUACCGCUGUAUCGGCAGCGACGAUCGUGGCCGCACAUUCUAUGACGACUUCAACCUUGAAGUUGAAUCCGGCGGACCAUUCUACCCAGACAACAGGGACAGAGAAGUAUCUGUCGCCCAGUACACCGCUCAUCUGCGUGACUCAGUUGACCUACCGUGCAACCACAAUUUGGAACACCCUGUAACUAUCGAAUGGAGACGAGAGUUCUCAUCAUUACCUGCCGAAGUCCGUGCUGACCAGCCAAACCUCUACCUGAACUCCGUGACUGAGGCGGACGCCGGUACCUACGUGUGCCGUGUCAGCAAUAGCCGCGCCACUGUUGAAGCUCGAGCCAUCUUGACUGUGACCGGAGUAGUUCCACGCUUCAAUGGAGAUGGCUUCGUCUCUCUACCAACAUUGAGGGAUCCUUACAAGCAGUUCGACAUCGAAAUAUCGUUCAAACCUGCCGACAAUAAUGGCCUGAUUCUCUACAACAGCGAGAACCAAGGUCGCAUGGGUGACUACAUAGCUCUGCACCUUAGGGACGGCGUACCUGAGUUCAUCAUGGACACUGGCACUGAACCACUGAUUGUGAAGGGAGAUCGCCCCUUGUUGUUGAACGCUUGGCAUACAAUCAGGGUGUCUAGAACCAAGUCUAAGGUAACGAUGGACGUCGAUAACACUGGACCUUUCAUUGCGGAAUCUCCUGAACAGUGGGCGGUGCUUGAACUGAAACAACCUCUGUACAUCGGAGGUGUGCCUGAUUAUGACCAACUACCCAUCGAUCUGGCUGGAACAUCUGGUUUCAUUGGAUGCGCUAGCAUGCUGAUUUUGGGCAGAGAAGAAAAGGACAUCAUGAUGGACAGUCUCGAACGAAGCCGCGUGAGCGAAUGUGACUCCUGUACUCCCAACCUCUGCUUGAACGGAGGCGUAUGUCAGGAGGCUCGUAACGAACGCGGUUACAGUUGCAUCUGCGCUUCUGGCUACGCUGGAGUGAACUGUGACAGGACUGGUGAUGCCUGCCGCCCUGGUCUCUGUGGGCCUGGCAAGUGUACCGACACUGUAGAUGGAUACAAGUGUGCUUGCCCCGUCACACACACUGGCAAAAACUGCGAAGAAAAACAAUCAAUUGAAUACCCAGCCUUCACCGGUAGCGCAUAUCUAGCCAUUAAGCCGCCAGCACCCUCCCGGACUCUGAGGAUGUCGAUGAGGAUCAAGGCCGCCUCUCCUGUCACUGAUGGUAUAAUAAUGUACUGCGCGGAAUCAUCGCGAGGAUACGGAGGAUUCACAUCCCUGGCUGUCCACGACGCAAGAUUGGAAUUCCGUUACGACCUCGGAGGAGGAAGCGUACCAGUUGUCUUGGUCAGUAACAGGACCCUCCCAGCGAACGAAUGGACAACCGUCCACAUAGCAAGAGUCGGCUCUGUCGUCUCUCUUCGCAUUAACUCGGUACACAGCUUCGAGCAGCAACUCGAGUCACCGAAACGCGACCUGAACCUGGACACUCCAAUCUUCGUGGGUGGUGUAGACGACUCUAUCACCCUGAACAAUAACACUGGUGUUACUGGCGGAUUCAACGGAUGCAUCGCCGACUUCAAGUUGCACGGAGAAGCCGUCGACAUCGUCAACUCAACCAUCCAGUCAGCGAAUGUGAAGGAAUGCAACGCAUACGUUCGUGGUGACAUCCCUGAUACUGAAAUCGGCUGCCAGUGUCACAACGGUGGUAUAUGCACAACCGACUCCUCAACUUGCGCCUGCCCCGCCGGCUUCGGAGGGUCUCUCUGCGAGUACCGCGUGCCCUCAUCCAUGAGGUCCUCUCGCCAGCCCCCUAGCGACCCCUGCGCGAUGCGACCUUGCCGCAACGGAGGAACCUGUCGACCUGACCUUAGUUCUAGAAUGAAUCACACUUGUGACUGCCCUCUCGGAUACGCUGGUGCCUACUGCCAAAUUGCACUUGAACUUCAUCGCAGCGUCGGCUUCAACGGUAAUGGUUACCUAGAACUUCCCGCCAAUCUGAUUAGAUACGAAAACUUAGACGUUGACCCCGUUAUCAUUGCACUGGCCGUCUUCACCAGCCAGGACGGAGUAUUGUUGUAUCAGAAGGAGGCCCAAAGUCCACCAUACUACGGUGACUACAUCCUGCUGAGAAUUGAAAAUGGAAUCGUCAAAUUCGAAUGGGACAAUGGCGGCGGCAAGUCUGAGCUCGCCGUGAACGCUUUCGUCAAUGACGGAGUUCGUCACCAGAUCAUCGUGAAAAUGUUGGAGGAUGGUCAAGUCAUACUGUCAGUCGACGGCAGCGAAAACUCGGGAUACAGUUCUGGCAUCUCCAACCUGAUGAAUGCAGACUCAAACAUUUACCUUGGUGGUAUACCUGAUAGUAUCAACCAGCAAGGAUACCCAGGCUUCACUGGUUGCAUCCACCAAAUCGAGCUGAUGAACUCAGACCGAGGCUUGAACCUCGGACAAGUUGCUGUAACUGGAAGAAACACGCAACGUUGCAAGGAGUCAAUCAGAUAUCUUUAAAGAAACCUCACGAACGACAAUCGACACACAAUCAACAAUACAAUAGCACAAUACUAUUUAAAAUAUGAUUUAAUAUAAAUAUCUCAUUGAACAGUGUAAUCUUAAGUUUUCAAUUGGAAUUAUUUGUGAAGAGACCAAUUUGAAAUAAGAUUGCUACUAGUUGUUUUUUAUAAAUACAAAUAAACAAUAUUGUAUUAGUACUAAGGAAACUCGAGAAACCAGACAAUACGGAUAGCUUAGGAAGAUAGGUAAACGCGGAUGGUGGAUUGUCGUGUGGUGUCAGUGAAAGACAUGUUCGCGUUGCCGCAGUGGUGCUCUAUCGAGCAACAAUGUGUUUGGUGCCAUAAGAUGAAUUUAUGUAUUUACUAAUAACUUUUAAGUGUCCAGUUCUCGUUAUACCCGCUUAUUAUUCGUGAGUAAUUUUGAAAAAAUAUCUCUCUAAAACUUCCAACGCUUCGUUUUAUUUUCGCACCCAGUGAAAUCUUGUUAUUGUGCCAAACGUGAUAACUAAUAAUUUUGUGUUAAUUUCUACACUGCCAAAAAGAUUUUCCUUUUUUAUUAUUUUUCUUAAAAUAUUAAGUAAAUAUUUCGCUUUUUAAGCAACGAAUAUACUAUUGUUAAGUACGUACUUAUAUAUAAUAACUAUGUGAAUAUAAAAUAUUAUUUUAAUUAAAUCGACUACGAUGGCAUUUAACUUAAUUAUCGUCAGUGAUUUUUAAAUAUUGUUAUAUAUUUUAAUUACAAAAUUAUAUUUAUGCAUUAAAUGUGUUUGUUACUAGCUUAUCUAAGAAAUACGACAUAUUAUAUAUAAUUACAACGUACUGAUAUUAUAUUACUGUAUAUUUAAUAAUAAUCUUUACAUGUAUAAACUAUUUUAAAUGAUCGAUCUACCCAUAUGAUUCUGCUAAGUGAACAAAUUCGACUAACAAUAAAAAAUAAAAUGUCAU